AACAGGAAGUGGAUUGAGGCUGUGCCUCGACUGGCAGAGGGGCGGAGCCUCGGAGAGAACGAGGUCGACGACUCUGCUGGGCUGAACACUGCUGCCUGCUACCAGGAAACCUCGGCAGUCAAAAUCUGUGGUUUUCCCCUCCACCACCCAUCCUAAACAGAGACUUAAUAAAUGUGUUAUGAGAGCAGAGCUAGGAGGAGAGAGAUCUGGAAGGAGUGAGGAGUGAAGCCUGACUGGAGUACACAGGAAAAGACAGCUGCGUCAUCAGAUCAGAUACAGGGAUUGUCAGUGGAGCAGAUUGAGCCACCCUGGAACUGAAGACAUGUGUUAUUGUUUCUGGGGACUGCAAUGAGUGUGACACGGAUCUACCUUGAAGACUUCCCAAAGAGAGAGAUCUGUCCUUGUGGGCUACUGACUGACUGACUGACUGACUGUGUGCGUCUGUGUGACAGACUCUGUGAGUGUCCGAGGUGUGUGAUCUCCAUCAGCAACCAUGCCCAUCCUAAAGCAGCUGGUAUCUGGUUCGUCCCAGACCAAACAGCGCCGCUCCCGGAUGGACCUGACCCGGGAGAUGAUCAGCGCUCCCCUGGGGGACUUCCGCCACACCAUGCACGUGGGUCGCAGCGGGGACGCCUUCGGGGACACCUCUUUCCUCUCCACCCACUCCGGGGAGGCCCCCCACCAGGCCGAACCCCAGGCCCCUCCCCACUCCCCCCGCCCAGGGCUUUUAUCCAGAACCUUCCGCAGCAGCAAACGCUCCCAGUCCGUCACCAGAGUGGACCAGAGAGACUGCUCGCUGGCGCCACCCGGUGGCUCGCCCACCUUGGUGAAGAACGCCAUGUCUCUCCCCUUCCUCAAUGAUGAAAACGGUGACCAUGUUGAUGGAGGACACAGGGUGCCUAAGAGCCUCUCGUCCAGCCCACUGAAACAACUGAAUGAGCAGGAUGGAGGUGGAGGUACCAGGCCGUCUAAUGGGGACGCUGCUGGGGCCCGAUCUCUGGAGCUGGAUGAGAGGAGCUUUGGGGAGCUGACUGACCUGCCAAGCCCCAGCCACGGGUACUACGGAGGGGGGAUGAAGCACGCGGUGUCGGUCAUGUCGUUCCACAUCGACCUGGGGCCCUCCAUGUUGGGGGACAUCCUGGGGGUGAUGGAGAAGGAGGAUGAUGAUCUGGGAUACGAGGAGGGGAAGAGCAGUGAGGGACGGGCCUCUCCUACACUACUCCUGGGGAGGGAGGUGGGAGGAGAGGAGGAGGGAGAAGAAGAGGAACCGGAAGCUGAGCUACUGCAGCUGCAGGAGGAGGCGGUCCCUGUACCUGUGAGUCCAACCAGCUCUGUAGAACCUGAGGUGGGAGAGGACGAGGGUGCACCCUACACCCCAGAGUACACCCCAGAGCCCCGCCCUAAACACCUGCAGCACCGAUUAGAUACCUGUUCUGUGUCCAGCUCCGCCUCUGGCUCCGCCCACGUGGAGCAAGAGAAACCAGCCGGACAGCUCCACGGGGGAGAUACGAACAGCGCCACUUUCAGCGCACCACCUGAGGAAGAGGAGCUGGGAAAGUUUUCUUCCUUCUUGGAGGACGAGGAUGAUGAGAUCCGUGUAUGAAACGAGACGUACAAGCUCAACCUAUAUAUGGAGCGGAUGAGUGUGGAUUAAUACAGAUGGAUAGAUUCUAUACUGAGUGGAUAUGGAUGAGUACAGAUGGAUAUGGAUAUGUACAGAUGGAUAGAUUCUAUACUGAGUGGAUAUGGAUGAGUACAGAUGGAUAGAUUCUAUACUGAGUGGA